AUGUCUUCCAACGCCUGGACGCGCGUCGAUUCUCCCGCCCAUCACGUUUUCUCAACGCCAAUCGAAAAGGCCGAAUUAGACGACCGCGAAUAUCGCGUGAUUCGACUAGAGAAUGGUCUUCAGGCCCUACUGAUACACGAUGGAACCACAGACAAAGCCGCCGCUGCGAUGGACGUCGGAGUCGGCCAUCUAAGUGAUCCGGAUGACAUUCCCGGGUUAGCGCACUUUUGCGAGCACUUGUUAUUCCUCGGCACCAAGGCUUUUCCAAGGAGAAUGAAUACUCGCAGUAUAUCAAAGCCCACGGCGGCUCUUCGAAUGCGUAUACGUCGACAAGUAAUACAUGCUACUACCUCCGUUGGAUCCUCCCACCUCGCGGGAGCCUCGACCGCUUCUCCGCCUUCUUCCAUUCGCCUCUCUUCGACCCAAGCUGCACGUCCGCGAGCUUAA